AUUAUUGCCAGACACUCCCACUGUUAACACAAACCCAAGAAGUGAAAACUAGGAGCAAAAUCAGCAUUUCAAGAAGUGCAAAAAUGGAGGCAAAUAACUCAAAAUCAAACACAAGUGCAUCAUCUCUUCGAUGGAAGAUCCUUCGUCGUUCUCUUAUUCGUCGCCCUUCUUCCAAUUCAGAAGAUAAAUCUGAAAUUGGUAUUCAGAGAAUUUCUAGGAAGGCAACCCUUGGGUUUAAUUUGAUACCAUAUUAUCUGAUGAAAGACAGUAUUGAAGAAAAUGUGAAUUCCUCAAAGGAAAAUUCAAUGCAUAGCUCAAGGGAUGCUACCUUAUGUUAUACAUUGCCAAUUCUUAAUGCUCCCCAACUUAUUCUACAUCAGAGAGUGGAUGAUAGGGCACAUCUUAAUGACUUUGAGGUCUGCAAUAGAUAUGAUAUUGACAACACUGGACUUGUUUGUCAAUGGCCGUCAGAGGAUGUCCUUGCCCACUACUGCUUGUCACAUGCAAGCAUUUUCAGACAAAAAAGAGUCAUUGAACUUGGAUCUGGCUAUGGCUUAGCUGGAUUGGUCGUUGCAAUGACCUCAGAAGCACAAGAAGUUUUCAUAUCUGAUGGAAAUCCCCAAGUUGUUGAUUAUAUACAGCGUAAUGUAAAUGCCAACUCUGGUUCGUUUGGUGGUACAGAGGUGAAGCCAUUGAUGCUACACUGGGGUCAGGAAAAUGACAUUGAUAUCUCCAACACAUUCGAUGUCAUCAUUGCAAGUGACUGCACUUUCUUCAAAGAGUUCCAUGGAGCACUCGUCCGAACUAUCAAAUCGCUUCUGAAAGAGGAAGGUCCGUCUGAAGCCAUACUUUUAAGCCCCAGAAGAGGCAACUCAUUGGACAAAUUUCUCGUAGAAGUUAAAGAUAGGGGGUUGCGUUUCAGGACAGAUGAAAUCUACGAUGAAGAAGUUUGGAGGCGUCAUCAGGGAUUUGUUGAGGGUGAUGAUUCCUGGCCCAAUUAUGAGAUGGAUCAUUGCUAUCCUUUAUUGGUCAGAAUUACGCGGUGAAGAUUAACAGUGCAGAUUUACUGUGUUCAGUAUGCUUAUUUUGUACAUAUAGAACUAUAAAAAAGUUAGCUCCAAUCUUAUACUAUGAAAUAUGAACUGAUUCCACUAUGGACAAGUUACUACCAUAGUUAUCAAGAUUUCAUAUUUGUCUUAGCCCCCUCUAGAGUUCUGAAGUAGUUCAACUGCAAACAACUUGGUAUUCUUACUCAAGUGUAAACUUCAUUUUGAUUUUACACAUUGCAGACAAUUGAACUCA